AUGGCGCCCUCAUCAUCUUCUGGACCGGCGUACGCGAAGGACGAAAAGGUGCUUUGCUUUCAUGGUGAGCUACUCUACGAGGCCAAAGUGCUGGACAACAAGAUCAAGGACCCCAACGACAAGAAGGAUGGGUACAUGUACCGCGUGCAUUACAAAGGCUGGAAAAAUACGUGGGAUGACUGGGUGCCGCAAGAACGUCUGCGAAAGCUCUCGGAGGAGAAUAAAGAGCUGGCGUCCAACCUGAAGAAGGACAUGGACGCGCAGCGACGAGCAGCAGCCGGCAAGCCUUCGAUCUCUUCGGCCAAGAAGCGACCUUAUGGUUCCGACUUGACUGGGUCCUCUGCUAGAGGCAGUGAGGACCGGAGCUCAGCAGUCCCUCAAGCACCUAGAGGCACGAAACGUGGCAGGGAGAUAGAGGGCAUCGACAAGGAAGAAGAAUUCAUGCGACGCCCAGCCGUUCGGCUCUUCAUCCCCGACUCCCUCAAAUCGAUCCUCGUCGACGACUGGGAGAAGGUGACGAAAGAGCAGAAGCUCGCCCAAGUGCCGUCGCCAACACCCAUCAACCAGUUCCUGCGAGAAUACUACGACUCCGAAAUCAACAAGUUCCGGGUAGGUUCUGCGGAUGCUGACCUCCUGGAAGAGACCAUCGCCGGCGUGCGGGAGUACUUCAACAAGUCACUCGGCCGCAUCCUGCUUUACCGGUUCGAGCGGCAGCAGUACUUCGCGGUCCACAAGCAGAUCGAGUCGGGCCAUGGAGAGCAUGCCGGCAAGACGCUGUGUGACAUGUACGGAUGCGAGCAUCUGCUCAGACUCUUCGUGAGCAUGCCGGAUCUCAUCGCACACACCAACAUGGACGCACAGUCUGUCCAUCGACUAAGGGAGGAGCUGGCAAGGAUGAGCUCGUGGAUGGCAAAGCGGAUCCCAAAGUAUCUUGCGAACGAGUACGAGCACGCGAACCAGGAUUAUCUGGAUACCGCAAAGAAUGGCGGCUCUUAA